CCAAUCUUAUUCAGGGCAACAUGAAGCAUCAUCAAGUUUUUGUAUAUUGUUGAUCAACCUACUAUUAGUUAAUCUUUUGCUCGGCUUCAACGUUGUUCCUAUGUACGUUUAGGCUUUUCAUGUUACUUUGAGGGUGAUUCAUAUUAAUCGUAAAAAAACAGAUAUUGGUAAACUGAGCGCUAUGAGCAGCACGGUUCAUAGUACAUGGUGAUACACGUGGCAAAAAAUAGAAGGGGUAUACUGCACGCAGGUGGCGCCAUAAUCGAUGAUGUUGGCCAAGCACGCAUAUUUUUGCCUCUCCUCGAAAAAUCCGUCUGGCACACUAUAUAAACGGGAUCAAGGUAGCUAUUAGUUCUUUUUGUUCGAAAACGUCGUUACAAUGGGUCGCCCCAGACGUUCUACAAGGGGCUAUUGCCACAUCUGCAACCACGUGCCGAACACCCAUACGAAGCAGAUACUUCUAGCUAAAAGCCCACCUCGAGUCGCUAUCAACGGAAGCCUUGCUGUAGCUAAGGCCAAUUCUACAGUGUAUAGUCAGGCACGACACUUGCUGCAUACGCAGCUCACGGACGUGAUCAUCGGGAGAGAUAACGAAAUUGCUGCCCUUAAAGGAUUCAUCGAACCUGCACUAAAAAACAAAACCGCACUUAGCCUCUAUAUUUCGGGGGCCCCGGGAACCGGCAAGACUGUAUCCUUGACAUACGUUUUGGGAAAUCUCGAAAACAAAUACGACUUCAGGUCCGUAUUCAUUAAUUGUAUGACGGUCAAAAAUGCAUCGUCAAUAUAUGCGAAAAUUGCUGGAGGACUAAAUUUCACCGGCCAAGAUUUGGAAAGCGUACAGAAAGGUGUCCGAAAGCUGCCCUGUGUUGUUGUGCUCGACGAGGUUGAUCAACUGCAAAGUUACAACCAACAAGUUCUCUACUCAUUGUUCGAAUUAGUUAAAUUGAAGGACUCGAGGGUGGUUUUAGUCGGAAUUGCAAAUGCACUUGAUCUCACUGACAAAACCGUUCCAUUGCUUCAAGCGUAUGGCUGUCGACCACAAUUGUAUCAUUUUGCGCCCUAUAACGACAAGCAGAUUAUCGAUAUUCUGAAGUCUCGUCUUGCUGAAUUUUCUUCUAUUAUCAAGCCAGUGGCCCUCGCAUUUUUGGCCAAGAAGGUUGCGACCUGCACCGGAGACGUUCGCAAGGCGCUGGAUAUCUGUCGGCGAGCUGUCGAAAUCGUGGAGCGGCAGGUGCGCCAGCAACGCAUUCUGAUUGCCCGCGGGGGCCCUACCGCCAGUCCCCAGAAACAGAUUCUAGUCGAUAUCAAGCACAUCUCGGAAGUACUCUCUGACAUAUUCAAUACUCGAGCUCGAGGCAACCAAGAUCUCCAUACAACAUUGCCACUUCAGCAAAAAUUACUCCUUUGUUCUAUCCUGGUUUUCAGCAAGCGCCGUAAAGUUAAAGAGGUAACGAUGGGCAAACUUCAUGAAGUGUACAGUGGAGUGUGCAAAGUUGCAAAGGUUGCUGCCAUUGACUACUCUGAACUUCAAUCUAUUUGUACGUUGCUUGAAGCACGGGCCUUGGUCUCGAUCAAGAAGGCGAAGGUGGGUCGUCAAAGUAAAGUCAGUCUCGCAGUAGACGAGGCCGAAGUUGAACAGGUUUUGCAGGAUAAAAGCAUCCUAGCCAUUUGCCUCGAUGAGACGUUUGCAGUAUGCUAAGCUUUAGAGGUCAGCGUAAUACUGUAAUCAUUUAAAGCUAUUAGCCGGAUGCAGCUGCUCCAGAGGAAUAUUUGUUAUAUAUAUGUAUAAGACAGAUUUAGACUCAACUUCUUCUAUCUAAUCGAGGUUUAACACAUAGUAGAACAAUCGUGAUUUCAUUUAGCAGUCGAGGGAUGCUUAUAGGCAUUGUAAUAAUAGGCAAUUUAUAUAAAAUUAUUUAAAUUGAUUGACCUUCGAAAAUAAGUUAUCCAUCUAGAUGUACUAUAAGCCAUAAAACAUGGAGCAACGAUAAGUUUACGCGCGACUUGGCUCUAAAUUAUGUACACAAAAUGGUAUAACGGAAACAAAAUAGUUUAAGGGAUUCAUUCCUCACAUUGUAUGAUGACACCUUAUGAUUCGCUUUGUUUUUUGCUACAAGUCAAUAUAUUAAUGCGAAUACACAUAUUACACAGUCGAAUAAUUGUGCUAUUCACAACAGUAAUGUUGAUUUAUAUAGAGAGAAAACGUCGAAGAACGCUGACGUCAGGAGAAAGAGUACGUCCUCAAGGGGAUUUCUUCAUGGGGCUUAAGAACUCAGCAGGAGUUCAACGUAAGGAUCGAAACGUUCAACUGAACACUUUGUAUGUGCUUUAAGAAUCUUGACGGUCAUAAUAUUGUGAGCGACAUGACGGUAUCUGGAUACGACUGAUCUCCGGAUGUAUUGUAUCUAUUGUAAAUAAAACUAAAUGACUAUGACUGAGUAUGUA